CAGUUGAUGCAGCGAUCAAGAUCCCCUACGAACUUACCUGCCCCUAGCACAGCACAGCACACAGAGCAAUCCCCAGCCAGCCCAUGACAGCAGUGCCCUCGAUAUCAAGCCUGAGAUAAAUCCUCGUUAGCAAGUUGACACCUCGCCAGAGAUGAAGGGCAGACAGAAGAGGAUCAAAAGGAAGGGAUUCAGAAUAUGUAAGAAAUUAAAUGUCAUGCCUCAAGGCGGCCAGCGCCGGCGCCCGUUGGGGGCCGGCGCGAGCAGUUGUUUGUCAGAAAAGAAAACAGAGCGAAAAGACGUCGACAAGAAUUUUUUUCCUGCCUUUUUCAAUGCGGAGCCGACCAAACAACCUCAACGGUUUGGUGAGGCUAAACGCGCCGAUUGUAGCCAUGGCAAAGGUGUGGAAAAAUAUCAUAAUGAUUGCUCCAGCGAGUUCAGUGGCUGCCAAAUUAGAUUUACCAGCUUACAGGACGGUAUUAGCCCGCUCGCAAUACGGCUUAUUCAUGUAAUUGUUGACUAG